AAAUUGUCUCUUCUUUUUUUAUUUGUGGAGCAACCAUACCAACAAUGGCACUCUACGAAACAACGUCCGAACAGAAUAUUCAGUCUCGAUUUCGAUUUCGACAUGCAAACGAAAUUAAAUUAAUUCAGAAACAGUAUCCCCUGUCACCCACUCAAUUCGACGCGCUGUUUUUGAUUUAUUUUAAAUUGUGGGAACAACAUCAAAAUCCGUCAAAUUACAUUUUACGUUCGCAAUUCAGCGACGUGCUGUACAAGUGUUUCAAUAUGCCAGAUGAUUUUCUGGCCGAUCAAAUUCAGAUGGCACUCGACAAAGGAGCUUCGACUAAUGUUGCACUCAAGACGUGGAUGAAAGCGAUGUACAUUUUCUUGAAAGGCACUUUGGACCAGAAAAUGGAAUACUGUUUUGCCGUGUACGAUGCAGCUGACGAUGAAGAUGGUGACGAAGGUCUGAAUGAAUUUGCUGAUGUUAUUAUUAAGAAAAUGGAUAUCGAUUUGGAUGGAGCUAUUUCAUUCGCCGAUUACAGUGAAAGUGUUCGCAGAGAACCGUUGUUGCUGGAAUUCUUGGGACAAUGUAUACCUGAACGAGAGUCGAUUGCCGCAUUUUUAGUAACAUUUAGUCGACCUUAAGCAAAUUAUACAAGUUUGAAAGGA